AAAAUAAAAUAUACUUUGUGAAGUAAAAACGUGAAAAAGUAGGCCUAAAUAUGAAAACAGUAACUUUACCGUUAUUACUAAAUAUCUCUGAAUCUUAGCGCAAUCGGGCAUGAUAGUAAAUACCAGCAUUAAGUGAGUUCCAACUAGGUCAUUGAACUCUGUUGACUAUUCAUAAGACAUGCAUUGCAGAGAUCACUGGAUUGCAGGGAGUGACAGCAUAUUUGUUGAACCAUGGUUAUGGUGUAACAAAGUGAGUUAUACUGCACGAUCUCACACUUGUGGUGAACUGCGACUUCCUGAUGUCAAGAAAGAUGUUGUCUUGUGUGGCUGGCUGCAGUAUGAGCGCUUUGGUUUAUUUCUCUUACUACGCGACUGGCAUGGCAUGACCCAGCUGGUCAUACCAGAAGAUCAGAAGGAUGUUAUGUCAGAAAAAAUAACAAAUCUUCCGUUUGAAUCUGUUCUGCGAGUGCAUGGAUGUGUUCGAGCUAGACCUGAAGGACAAACAAAUGAGAAAAUGAAUACCGGUGAGAUUGAAGUUGUUGUAAAAGACCUUCACAUUUUAAACAGAUGUACACCUAGACUGCCAUUUGAAAUCAAAGAUUUUUUCAAGGUUAAGGAGUUGCUGAGAAUGCAGUACCGUUACCUUGACAUCAGACGACAUGAACUGCAGCGGAAUCUACGCCUUCGGUCAAAGAUGGUCAUGAAAAUGAGACAGUUUUUGUCAGAACUGCAUGAGUUUGUUGAAGUUGAGACGCCAACACUGUUUAGAAAAACACCAGGUGGUGCCAAAGAGUUUGUGGUUCCCAGCCGAUACGCGGGCAAAUUCUACAGUCUUCCACAAAGUCCACAGCAGUUCAAACAGCUGUUGAUGGUGGGCGGGAUAGACCGGUAUUAUCAGAUUGCCAGAUGUUACCGAGAUGAAGGUGCUAAACCAGAUCGUCAGCCAGAGUUUACACAGGUUGACAUUGAGAUGUCAUUUGUUGAUCAAGAGGGCAUUAUGCGCCUUACAGAGGAGCUGGUUUCCUGGGCGUGGCCUGAAGAAAAAGGUGUCAUCAGUCUGCCUUUUCGACGAAUGACAUACCAAGAAGCCAUGACCAAAUAUGGCAGUGAUAAACCCGACACCAGACUGGAUAUGCUUAUUCAAGACGUGAGUGACAUGUUUAAAGACACAAACAUAGAAAUGUUUCACAAAGUCUUGGGCAAGGACUCUGGAUCUGUGCAAGCCUUGAGAGUGCCAGGAUUUUGGAAACACUGUUCAAACAAAGAUAUUGAAUCUCUGAUCACAUCCGCUAAGAAAGGAAUUUCAGAUGUGAAUGUAGUGGUACUAAAGAUCAAAGAUGACGCCAGCCUGCAGUCUGGAGUGAUCAAAAACAUGGAAGAGAGUGGCAGGAAGCAGCUUGAAAAGAGGUUGGAAAUCAGUGAUGGAGAUCUCGUCUUCAUGGCAGCUGGAUUUGCCUUCGACCCACAUACAAUACUUGGAAGAUUACGCUUAUCUUGUGCUGAUUUGCUAGAAUCCAAAGGACUGGAAGUUCGAGACAAGUCAAGGUUUGAUUUUCUGUGGGUUCAUGAAUUCCCUCUGUUUCUACCUCGAGAGGAUGGAGCGGAUGGUUUGGAGUCAGCCCACCACCCAUUCACUGCACCCCACCCUGAUGAUGUGGAUGUCAUCUACACCCACCCAGAAAUGGUCAGAAGUCAGCAUUAUGAUCUUGUUUUGAAUGGAAAUGAAAUUGGAGGAGGCUCAAUCCGGAUUCACAACUCGGAUCUUCAAAGAUAUGUCAUAGAAAACAUUUUAAAGGAAAAUGCAGAAGAACUGGAACAUCUUCUGGAAGCUUUGGACUCCGGUUGUCCACCUCAUGGUGGGAUUGCACUUGGUCUGGAUCGUUUCCUAGCAGUUAUUUGUGGUAGCAACAGUAUCCGUGAUGUGAUAGCCUUCCCCAAGUCGCAUGAUGGCAAAGAUCCAAUGAGCAAGGCCCCAGCAGACAUUUCACAAGAUGACAUGGAUCGAUACCACAUUUCUGUUACGAGAUAAAUUCAUAGUGGAUGCCUGCACCUUGAACUACAAAAAGAGGCAAUACUUGGACUUUUCUUAUAACAGUGAAUUAACUGUAGAUAUUCAGUGACUCAUAAUUUUGCUCUGCAAUAAUGCAGAAUUUAAGCCUUCCAGUUAAGGAAGAGCAGGUUUCAGUGGAGAGAUACACUACCUAAACCCAUCUCUAACUAACCACUAAAAAUUAACCACUAUUCUCCUGAACAGAGAACACAGACAGUGGAGGUGCACACCCAGAAACAGUAUAUUUGGGUGUAAGCAUAAAAACAAAUUGAAACAAAUGGUGCAGUUUUUAUAUUAAUAUGCUGAUGUUUGUAAUAAAAUAUCACAAACAUUAA